AUGAAUUUUUUAAUUCCAUUUUUUAAAGAACGUGAAACACAUUCCAACAUUGCACCUCCUAAUGGUGUUGGUGUAAGUGAAGAGUCAAACGGCGAAGACAUUUCCCAGGUGAAUAAUGAGGAAUCGGAAAUUGAAAUUGGACAUGAAAUUACUCAAAAACGCCGCAGCAUGAAACAAACAAAAGUAUUUCCAAAAAAGAAGAACAAAACAGAAACUGCAUCAUCUGUUUUGAUGCAAUAUUUAUUAGAUAGCGAAAAUAAUGAGUCAAAGGAAACCACUCAUGCACAUCCAAUAGACUCAUUUUUCCAUGGUCUGGCUGCUACAGUCAAAACAACCUCACCAGAAUAUCAAUUCAUGGCAAAAAGCAAACUGUUUAGUAUAGUAUCUGAUUUAGAGUGGGAACAAUUACAAAAUAAUCAAAUGACACCAUCAACAAAUUAUUUAACAUCAGACUUGGGUUCUAAUUCAUCCACAACGUCAGUGACCGGAUCACAAAAUAGUCUUUCAUAUUACGGCAAUAGACUAAGGACACCACUAAACAACUCAUCAUCACUAUACGUUCAGACACCAACUCCAUCUCCUUUUUCUGAACUAGCUACAUCACCACCUCAGUCUACUCAACAUGGAAUAAUAAAUAACCAAAGGCAACAAUCAACAGGUUUUUUAACAUCGACGUCAUUGCAGGGAAACCAAAAUAGUCUACCAUAUGACAAUAGAAUGAGGACACCACUAUACAACUCAUCAUCACUAUACGUUCAGACAUCAACUCCAUCUCCUAUUUCUGAAGGAGCCACAUCACCACCGCAAUCUGCUCAAAAAUAUUAUGAAAACUUUCAGUGA